AUGCGUUACGCUUUGCUGCUAUUGCAGCUCUCACUCUGUGUGUCUCUCUCCGACGCCUUCUUUCCCUGGUUUCCGAGCUAUCGGUGCCACGAGGACAGUACCUGCACAACCACGAAGAAGAGAGAACAAGUUAGCGGAGAUGCUCCUUCAACAGAAGACGCCGUGGCGGUCCCGAGAAGAGCCAGAACCCGUGCAUUUCCCAUUCGCCAGCGCACUUCGAUUACUUCCCAUCGAAACCCAGACUCAGACUCGAUAGCCCGGGAAGUCAACCGCCUUAUCGCAAAGUAUACUGGACGUCAGCCGGAAGACACAUUACCGUCGGGGCAAGGUUUGGAAAAGCGGCAGAAUGCGUACCGUGUUAUCAAGCCGGCGGCCACUACUCACACGAACAGUGUCGGCAUUUAUCAGGACGGCUCGGAUUUCUCUUACUUUCUUCAAGCCGGCUUUGGAUCUGAGGGCAAGAAGAUGUUCAUGCUCAUCGAUACGGGUGCGGCGACGUCCUGGGUCAUGAGCUCAAACUGCACGUCGGAGGCCUGUGAUCUUCACGCAUCCUUUGGUCCCGACGACUCAAACACAUACGAGGCCGACCCCAGCGGCUUUUCCGUUCGAUACGGCUCGGGCUCCGUCCAGGGUACCAAGGCUACCGACUCCGUCGCCAUUGCCGACAUGGUUUUGGAUCGGUUCCAUUUUGGCGUUGUGAAUCAAACAUCGUCCGACUUCAACCACUUUCCGUUCGACGGCAUUCUGGGCCUCUCGCUGGCCAAUGGCCACACAGACAACUUCCUCAAAACCGUCCUGGAAGCGGACGUGCUCGAUAAAGGCCUUUUCUGUGUCUUUCUAAGCCGUUCAGGUGACGGGCCGAACACGGGCGAAAUCAGCUUUGGUUCUUGCAACCCGGACAAAUACACAGGCGAUUUUUCGUACACCGAUGUCGGCUCUAACAACGGCGAUUGGGCCAUCCCCUUGGACGGUAUCACAUAUGGCGGCCAGAGGGCUGGUGACGAGCAAAGGCUUGCUUAUAUCGACACGGGCACUUCUUACGUUUUUGGACCAAAAGCGGAUGUCAAGGCUUUCCACGGGAACAUUCCUGGCUCUUCGUCGGACGACGGAACUACCUGGAAGGUGCCUUGCAACAGUAACAAAACCGUGGCCUAUACCUUCUCUGGGGUCAGCUACAACAUCUCGUCUCGCGACUGGCUGUCGAGGCCCGAUAACGACGGUUCCUGCACCAGCAACAUCUACGGACAUGAGGUGGUUCGGGGUGCAUGGCUCCUCGGGGAUCUGUUCCUGAAGAACGUCUAUGCCGCGUUUGAUGUCGACGAGAAGCGGAUAGGUACGUGUUGA